AUCUCUUCCUCUCUGAGGGGAGAAACACUGAAGUUUUGAAGAGACAUCGUCGUUUAUCUGCUCUAAAACACGUUCUCAACAGCGCUAUGAGGACAUUAUUUAUCAGAAAUCGUUUGGAUAUCUUUUGAGGAAUAUGAUUUUAAUCACUGCUUUCAUCUGUUUAUGCAUUCUGAUCACAAAUGGUGUGUUUUUUGUUGAGGAUGAAGUGAAGUCAGUGUCAGUGAUGGAGGGAGAUUCUGUCUCUCUAAACACUGAUGUUCAAGUACAGAAAGAUCUUCAGAUACUGUGGAGGUUUGGACCUCAAAACACUCGAAUAGCUGAAAUCAUUAAAAGGGACCAAAUAAACUAUAUAUUUGUCAGUAAUGAUGGGAUAUUCAGAGACAGACUCCAGAUGGACAAUCACACUGGAUCUCUGACCAUCAGAAACAUCAGAUCUGAACACACUGGACUUUAUGAACUGACCGUCACCAGUAGUAGAAAAACACUUAAGAGAUUCAAUGUUACUGUCUAUGCUCCUCUGCCGAUUCCUGUCAUUUCCAGUAACUCUUCAAACUGUUCUUCAUCACCAUCAUCAUCAACAUCAUCAAGAUCAGUGUCAUCAGUGUCCAGAUGUUCACUGGUGUGUUCAGCUGUGAAUGUGGGUUAUGUGACUCUCUCCUGGUACAAAGGAAACAGUUUAUUGUCCAGCAUCAGUGUGUCUGAUCUCAGCAUCAGUCUCUCUCUACCUCUGGAGGUGGAAUAUCAGGAUAAAAACACCUACAGCUGUGUGAUCAACAAUCUCAUCAGAAACCAGACCAAACAUAUCACAACCAAUGGACUCUGUCACUCAUGUGAAGAACAGAGCCACCGUUCCUGUACUAUACCAGUGGUAGUUGGUGUGUUGUUAUUGCUGGCCAUGAUUGCAGUUUGUGGAGGGAUUGUGUUCUGGCACAUCAAGAACCAUAAACCUGUUCUAAAAAAAAAAAGAAAGAAACUAUUUAAAAGAUAAUUGUGACUUUUUAUCUCACA